UGACACCAUAUCCUGGCUAAGAUACUCAGGUGAAGUUUAACCCAUUUUAAAAAAUGUAUCGAAAAGUUUUUGAAGAAUACAAGUAAGCGCCAAAGAAGAUAUUCGAUAAUUGAAAAGAUCGAAGUUAUACAUUCCAAGAACCGAAGAGCAAAAAUAAAUAACUUGAACACUAUGGAGGAGGCUUCUCUGAAGAAAUCAACUAGCUCCAAAUGUUCCUCUCUUCAUCCUCAGGGACCUGCAUGUGGCAGUAGAGGAGGAGAGUCACAGGCUGCAACAAUAGUGAAGUUGCCCAAUGGCCAGAUAAUGCAAGUACAAAGAGUUAUUCAGACACCACAAUCAACUGUCAUCCAGUCCCCACAGAUUCAGAAACCCCAGCUCGAGGAUGCACAGCGUGGUAAAGAUGUUUCAGGUUCUAAGACGCGACGAGAAAACGUCUCUCGUAGGGCUCCUUACAGAAAAGUCAACAACUUGGCAUCCGACAUCCACUCAGUGCCUAAAAUUGAAGAUAAGGCAGAAGACGGUGAUAAUUCUGGUGUACCAGCAAUUCCUUUGCAGACAUCCAUCUUUCAGACCAGCACUGGCCAGUACAUUGCUUUCACCCAAGGAGGUUCCAUCCAAAUCACAAAUGCUGCAGGAGAGGGAUUGCAGGGACUACAGACUCUGACCAUGCCCCCUUCAGGUGCACCUCAGUCUGGGCCACCCAUGGUACCUUAUGGCACACAGUCAGGGGAUGGGACCCCACAAUACUACAUGCCAGGCAGCAAGAUGAUGGUACAAGCUGCCACUGGUGAUAUAUCAGCAUACCAGAUUCGCACCCCUGCACCCAGUCUGCCUCAAGGGGUGAUGAUGUCUGGGUCCUCCAGCUCCAUGCAUAGCCCCCAGCAGCACACUGAAGAGGCCACUCGCAAAAGGGAGCUGCGCUUGUUGAAGAAUAGGGAGGCUGCAAAGGAGUGCAGGCGGAGGAAGAGGGAAUAUGUACGCUGCCUGGAGAGCAGGCUGUCUCUGCUGGAGGUGCAGAAUAAGAAGCUGCUAGAAGAGCUCCAGUACUUGAAGGACAUCUACAGUGUCAAGUCAAACUAAGACGUUCUUCAGAGUCUACUUGCCAGCAAUAAGGAACAAACGGAGGAAAAUCACAAUGCUGCUUUGACUACUUUGCCUUUUCUCCAUUUUCACUGUUACAUUCCUCU